GGGGGAAGGGGUCGCUGAAGUUGACGACACCGCCAUCUUGAAAAGUACCCUCAGAUAAUCUACGUUUUCGCGCCCGUCAGAAUCAGUUUUAAACAAUAUAUUUUUAUAAACGUAGUCGCGCGUUGUGUCAAUGUUUCUUUAGUGGUGGCGUCGGGCUAAUGGUUGAAUAAGCUACAUGCCGGAUACGUGUCGUAUGCUGUUGUUUAUCGGUGUUUGCUGUUGAUGUUUUGAGGAGCUGCUGGGUGCCACUGCUGCUGUAUGUGUGCUGCUGUGUCUGUCUGUCGCCACCUUCUGCCCAGCAAGCCAGCCUGUAAUGGGCCACAACUCCCAAAGAGUAGAACACGCCUCCUCAUUUUAACCCCAGUUCCAGUCUCUGGAGUCCACACACAAGCAGAGUCAUGUUUUGGAAGUUUGACCUCCACACCACGUCUCACAUCGACACGCUGUUGGAGAAGGAAGAUGUGACGUUGACUGAAGUGAUGGACGAGGAAGAUGUCCUCCAGGAGUGCAAGGCUCAGAACCACAAGCUCGUAGACUUCCUGCUGAGGCCUCAGUGCAUGGACGACCUGGUCACCUUCAUCACACAGGAACCCAAUGCUGAUGUAGAGGAGAAGGUCAAAUACAAGUACCCCAACAUAUCGUGUGAGCUGCUGACAUCAGACGUGGGUCAGAUCAAUGACCGACUGGGAGAAGAUGACAACCUACUGAUGAAACUCUACGGCUUUCUCCAAAACGAGCCACCCCUGAAUCCCCUCCUGGCCAGCUUCUUCUCCAAAGUCCUCUCCAUUCUCAUUGGGCGAAAGCCAGAACAGAUUGUAGAGUUUCUGCGGAAGCGGGAGGACUUUGUAGACUUGGUUAUCAAACACAUCGGGACGUCGGCGAUCAUGGACCUGCUGCUCAGGAUGCUGACCUGCAUCGAACCACAGCAGCUGAGACAGGACGUGCUUAAUUGGCUGAAUGAAGAGAAGGUAAUCCAGAGGCUGGUGGACAUGGUACAAUCUAGUCAGGACGAGGACAGACAUUCCAACGCCUCCCAGUCUCUGUGUGAGAUCAUCAGACUGAGCAGAGAUCAGAUGUUCCAGGUUCAGGGAAGCUCUGAUCCAGACCCCCUGCUGGCCACACUGGAGAAGCAGGAGACUGUGGAGCAACUGUUGGCCAACAUCUUUGACAAGGAGAAGAAUGAAUCCGCUAUCGUCAGCGUUAUUCAGAUCCUCCUCACGCUGUUUGAGACGAGGAGACCAGCGUUUGAGGGUCACAUGGAUUGUCCUCCAGGAAUGUCACACCCUCUGUUCUCAGUCAACCACAGCAUCCUGGAAGCUGUCAGGCCCAGACUCAAGGACUUUCACCAGCUUUUACUUGAACCUCCCAAGAAGAACCUGAUGAAGACAACGUGGGGGGUGUUGGACCCCCCAGUUGGCAACACAAGGCUGAACGUGGUCCGAUUGGUGGCCAGCCUUCUGCAGAGCAACACGCACACCAUCAACACAGAACUCAUCAACCUCAACACGUUGGGGGUCAUAUUAGACAUGUAUUUCAAGUACAUCUGGAACAACUUCCUCCAUAUCCAGGUGGAGAUCUGUACAGCCAUGAUCCUGGCCAUGCCCCCUGCCCCCACCCUCAGCCCAAAUGGACAGACGGAUGCAGAACAGGACUAUGCCAGGGAAAGCAUCCUCAUCAAACAUCUGUUUGAAAAAUGCCAGUUUAUACAGAGAAUUCUGGAUGCAUGGACCUCCAACGAAAAGGAACAAGCGGAAGGGGGCCGGCGGCGAGGCUACAUGGGUCACCUGACCAGAAUAUCUAACUCUAUAGUUCAUAACUGUGACAAAGGCCCAAACGGACCGCAGAUUCAACAUAUUAUCUCUGAGCUCCCAGGGGAAGACAGAGAUAGAUGGGAGUCCUUCAUCUCUGGCCAGCUGUCAGACACAAACAAGAGGAACACUGUUGACCUGGUGAACAUGCACCACAUCCACUCGUCCAGUGAUGAUGAGGUGGACUUUAAAGACACUAGCUUUCACCAGGACUCUUCUCUACAACAAGCCUUUUCUGAUUAUCAGAUGCAACAAAUGACGUCCAAUUUUAUUGAGCAGUUCGGCUUCAAUGACGAAGAGUUUGCUGACCAGGACGAUGUUGUGGAUAUUCCCUUUGAUAGAAUAUCAGACAUCAGUUUUUCACUGAAUACAAAUGAAAGUGCCAACAUAGCAUUGUUUGAGGCACGCUGCAAGGAGAAGAUCCAGCAGUUUGAAGAGGCUGGCUCUGACGAAGAAGACAUCUGGGAUGAAAAAGAUGUCUCUUUCGCUCCAGAGGCACAGAGACGCCCCAGGAGUUCUGGCAGCACAGACAGUGAAGAGAGCACAGACUCUGAGGAGGAAGAUGUUAAGAGGGAUCCUUUUGAAGUCCCCGGCCUCAGUACUGAUGACAGAAUGGAUGUGGAUACAGGACCUGUGUGGACAGCCAACUUUGAAGACAUCCCCAUGGACACUGGCAACUCCACUGCACCCGCCCCGAGCCCCAACAGCACCCCUGCACCUCCCCCCCCCUCCUCCUCCGUACCAGUGGUCCCCGGUGCAGCCUGGAGCAGCCCCCCUGCCCCCUCCAACUCAGAGACGAGCUGGGCCGACUUCUCCAACUUCCCCCAUCUCAGUCCUAAAGACCCUCUAAGAUGCAACUCUCCUGUAGCCAUGGAAACCAGCGUGGAGACAAUGGACCCGCUGGGAGUCAACGCACCCAUGCAACCCGAAGCAGAGUGUGACGGGUGGUCCCCGGCCGACAAGAGCCCGCUGUCGUCCCCCGCCCAGAGGCUCAGCAGCCCCGAGGCAGAGGAGGAGGCGGCCAGCGAGCAGCGCAGCGUGACCGAGACGGUGAUCAACGGCUCCAUGAAGGAAACGCUCAGCCUCACGGUGGACGCAAAGACUGAGACGGCAGUCUUCAAGAGGGUGUUGAAAUCGUAUCGUGAUGAAGAGAAAGCCGUUUGUUCGGAGGAGAAGUACACUGUAGCGGCGGAUAGUGAUCCAGAGAGGACCGGCCCCAACACCACGUCAUCCCCCUGUCCCAAAACCAGCGGGGAGAGGAGUUGGGCCCCCGCUGAGGUCCCCAACGGCCCCUCGGAGACGGCAGCUGGAGAGGAGCCAAAGCCGGACGUGAGCCCGGCGUCCACGGAGGUCGAGGUUAAGGGACCAGCGUGAGGACGCCCGUCCCCAGAGCAGCCAUGUUUCUGCUCCCAGAUCACACAUCCAAGAGACAUCACCAGGACCAGCAAUACUUCCAUAGGCUCAGCCCAGUGCGACACACCACACAAACACGCACACAGCACACACACACACACCCCCACCACACACACACACCACCCCACCCACCCACACACACACACCACACACCCCACCAACUACACGUACCACACACUCUGUUAUAACAUGAAGAACUGAGAAAAAGAAAAAAAGACAAACUCGAAAGGAUUUUUCUUUUCAUUUGUUUAUAUACUAUUGUUGUUAUGAGGUGAUGAUGUGCGACUGAUCUCUUGCCACUCAAAAAAGUAAUAUGAUGUUGCUAUAGUAAAAGAAAUGAUUGUAUGAAUAAAAAUAUUUUAUAAAAAAAGAAAAGAAAUGGUAUACAGUAAUGGGAAGAUAAAUAACUAAGGAAUGGAAAUCUAGAUGAUUUUUAAUAUUCUCAUGUACUGUCACCAAGCCCCGCAUGAGCUGACGGAUGAACCGACGUUGACAGGCUGCCACGGUCAGAAGCCAACCAGUUGCUGUCAGCAAAAGAGUCCUCUGAGAUUACAAUUGAAACAAACUUACAAAAAACUAUUUACUUAAAGGUUUAUUUUGCCACAGGUAUUAUUUGUAAAUGUUUUUUUUUUCUUUUUUCUUGUAUUCUAUUGCAUUAAGUCAUACUUGACCAGCCAUUUUGGUAUAGUUUUUAACUUAUUUUAUUAUGGAAGUUACAUGAUGGUAAUGUUGUGAUACUAAUGAGGCAUCCACAGGUUAUCGUUUAUGCAUGUCACAUUCACAGCAGAGUGUGGGGAACGUGGCCAGUGUCGAAGUGCAGCCUCUAGAAUGGGAGUGGGCCCGGUAGCUGAUGUUGCUCCCAUCCCCUCACCGACUUGUACAGCACUCCAAAUGACCCCCGCCCCUCGUGUGUCUGAAAACUCUACAAUUCCAAAUUGCUCCUGUUUCCAUGUAGACUUGCUACACUUGGUCGAUUUACGAUGCAGGGUCCAGAAGCUCGACAAUUUAUGGUAAAUGUGAAUUCAGACCUUUCCGUAUCCUUUUUUUUUUACUGUUGGCAUCCCUUAGAUACAUUCAGCAGGUGUUAAUAGAAGAAGAAAUGUCCGCACUUAAGUUUUAAAUGUAAAAAAAAAAUUCAAGUUCCAUGGAGUUGAUCUAUGGGAUUGUGCCUUCGUAUGGGCACUAUGAUUUAAGACUAGUUUAUGGGGACAAGUGAUUCAAAGAAAAAUACAAGGCCACAACUUGUAACUAAAAUAAAUAUCUUGUGAAAUAAAUCAUUCUUUUACUUCU